GUCUGGUCUUCAGCCGCCCAUCUCCAUUCGGUAAUAAGCGACUCAUAAUUACCACACAUUAGCAAUGCGUCGCGCGGCCGUCCAAGCCUUCCGAACCACGCUUCAAUGUACCGUCCGGGGACUUCGCUCUAACAACCGUCGGGGCCUCUCGGCCAUAUCCUCUCCCGUGCUGCCGUCGAGCACAAGGAGCAGCGCGUCAGCUCGUCGAUUCCUGGCAACAACCUCACCCGCUCGCAGCAUCCGUCCACGGGCGGCGCAGAAUGCACCGCAGCCCGGCGAGCCGCUCCAAUCCUCGAUGUACUUUCGGCGGGCAUCGGCAGCGCUGGUUUCAGCGCUGGUGGGCUACGGAGCCUAUUACUCGUACAGUGGCAACGGAACUGACAGCUUGAUUCAGCGGGCGCACUCAUCGACAGGGAUGCCUACGUCGACGGGGGACGGAGCCGCUCCGACUCGCUCAGUGUUGGUCAUCGGCGCCGACGAGCUGCAUACGGGCACCUUUGUCGGGGAGGGGCCCAUCUCUAAAUCGACGGGCGACGACGGGCGGCGCGUUAUCGAGAUGCUCACGCCUGAGCAGGCGACGCAGAAGCUCCGGAGAAGCGAGGAGUCAUAUUUGGUCAACCGGGGCCAGGGAGUUGUGCGCUACGACUUGGCGCAGCUGCCGAGCAAUGAUCCCAUUGAGGACGAUCAUGCCGAAGGGAUCGUGGAGAUCCCGGAUAGGAACGGGGGCAGCGGAAGCAGCGACUGGAUGUUCUGGGGUGUAUUCGAUGGGCACUCUGGAUGGACGACCUCGGCAAAGCUCCGCCAGACCUUGGUUAGCUUCGUGGCUCGUGAACUGAACGAGACAUACAAGGCCGCCGGUGGCCCGAUGCCGCCGCAAGAUGCGGUUGAUACCGCUAUCAAAAGGGGCUUUCUGAAACUAGAUGACGAGAUCGUCAACCAGAGCGUACAAAAGGUGCUGCAAGCCAACAAUAAGAUCGCCGCAGCGGAGCUCCUGGCUCCAGCCCUGUCCGGGUCGUGCGCGCUUCUUUCCUUUUACGACAGUCGGUCUAAGUUGCUACGGGUGGCGUGCACGGGAGAUUCGCGCGCCGUCCUGGGGCGCCGCUCAGAGUCUGGCAAGUGGACGGCCACGCCGCUCUCGGUCGACCAGACCGGUAGUAACCCCGACGAGGAGGCGCGGUUGCGCAAGCUGCACCCAAACGAGCCCUACGUCGUGCACAGAGGACGCGUCCUCGGAGGGUUAGAGCCCACACGGGCGUUUGGAGACGCAAGCUACAAAUGGACUCGCGAGGUUUCGGACAAGCUGAAGCAGCACUUCUUUGCGCGCUCCGUCUCCUCCCUGCUCAAGACGCCUCCGUAUGUUACCGCGGAACCGGUCGUCACCACCACAAAGAUCGAGCCUGAGAAGGGCGACUUCGUUGUCUUAGCGACCGACGGGCUCUGGGAGAUGCUGACCAACGAGGAGGUCAUUGGCUUGGUCGGCAAGUGGAUCGAUAGCCAGGCCGGCGGUAGCAGCUCCAACUCGCAGUUCGACUCGGUCUGGAACCGCAUCUUUGGAGCACGCAACAAGGGCGGGCUGCCGGUCGAGGCAGCAAAUGGAGCCGGCGGUGGCGGCGCCGGUGGGCAGAAGACACCGUUCCGUGGCAUGCGCCAGUGGGGCGACUCGUCGGACGGGUUUGUGGUGCAGGACAAGAACGUGGCAACACACCUGGUCCGCAACGCCCUGGGAGGUAAGAACCAGGAACAGGUGUCGGCGCUGUUGACGUUGCCUGCGCCCUUCUCGAGGAGGUAUCGGGAUGAUUUGACGGUGCAGGUCAUCUUCUUCGGCAAUGGAGAGAAGACGGGCGAGGUGGUGCGCACCAUGGUCGUCUUCGAUAACCACGAGUACCUCACCGAGGAGGAAAGGAGGCUCAAGGAAGACCGCAAGCGGAUAAAGUAUUGGAAGAAAUGGGGACCGUAUGUUGCUGAGAGGCAAUGGGCGACUGUGCGAGAGGACUACAGCGCCGAUGGUGAUGCGUGGAGUAACUUCCCACACGAUCACGCUCGGUCCCGCGCAUACCGGUGGGGCGAGGAUGGCAUUGCCGGUGUCUGCGACACCCAUGGCUACCAGAACAUCGCCUUUGCGUUCUGGAACGAGAAGGACCCUUUUCUCAAAGAGAGGCUAUUUGGGUUAUCUAACCCGCAGGGAAACCACGGAGAGAGUAUCAAGGAGGCUCAUUUCCAUCUUGAUAAUACGCCGCAGCACUCGUACAUGAAGUUCCUGUAUAAAUAUCCGCAGAAAGCAUUUCCUUACGAUGAUUUGGUGAAAGAGAACGCCAAGCGAGGGAAGGAAGACCCGGAAUACCAGAUCCUCGACACCGGAGUCUUCGACGAGGACCGAUACUGGGACAUCUUCAUCGAGACGGCCAAGGAAGACGACGACCCCGACGAGCUCCUCUUCCGCGUCACCGCCUGGAACCGAGGCCCUGAGCGUGCUCCGCUCCAUAUCAUUCCGCAUGUCUGGUUCCGCAAUACUUGGUCCUGGGGUCGGGAACCGGCCGACAAGAAACCGUCGAUUGGGGUUCACGACGAGAACAUGAUCAAGUCGAAGCACCAUUCCUUGGGGGACCGCUAUGUCCUGCUUUCUCCUUCUCCGGGUGUUGGCCCCAGCGGGGAGGAUGUGCAGCCCGAGCUGAUGUUCACGGAGAACGACACCAACUAUGAGCUGCUCUACGGUGGCAAGAACGAAACGCCCUACGUCAAGGACGCCUUCCACCGCCACAUUGUCGACGGCGAGAAGGGCGCCGUAAACCCGGCUCGCGUCGGAACGAAGGCUGCCGCCUGGUUCUCGUUCAAUGAGGCUGGUGGUGUCAACCCGGGCGAGUGCGCAGUCGUCCGCUUCCGGUUCUCCAGGAAGGCGGAGACAUACCUUGACGAGGAGGAGUUUGACGACAUAAUCGAGAGGAAGCGGGAGGAGGCUGACGACUUCUACUACCACAUAAGCCCCUUGCCGAUGGCGGACGAUCUCCGCAACAUCCAGCGGCAGGCAUUUGCCGGCAUGAUGUGGUGCAAGCAGCACUAUCUCUUCAUCUGGGACGAGUGGGCGAACGGCGACCCGAACCAGCCGCCUCCGCCUCCCGGCCGGAAGGGCAUUCGCAAUUCCGCCUGGAAGCACAUGCACUGCGACGACAUCCUGUCCAUGCCGGACUCGUGGGAGUAUCCGUUCUUUGCUGCCUGGGAUACCAGCUUCCACUGCAUCACCCUGGCCAUGAUCGACCCCGAUUUCGCCAAGAAGCAGCUCGAUCUCUUUACCAGGGAGUGGUAUUGCCACCCCAAUGGCCAGCUCCCGGCAUACGAGUGGAACUUCAGCGAUGUCAAUCCUCCCGUUCAUGCGUGGGCGACCUUCCGCGUCUUCAAGAUCGAGCGUAAGCUCUACGGGAGACAGGACCUUGACUUUCUCGAAAGGGUGUUCCAGAAGCUGUUGCUCAACUUCACGUGGUGGGUGAACCGCAAAGACGUCGAUGGCAAGAACGUGUUCGAGGGUGGUUUCCUCGGGCUGGACAACAUCGGCUUGUUCAACCGCUCGGAGCCGCUGCCCACUGGCGGUACGCUGGAGCAGGCAGACAGCACGGGCUGGAUGGCCUUCUACUGCCUCAACAUGCUCAACAUUGCGCUGGAACUUGCCAAGCAUCGGCGCAUCUACGAGGAUAUCGCAACCAAGUUCUUCGAGCAUUUCAUUCUGAUCAGCGACGCCAUGACUUUCCGGAACGGCCAAAAGGAGGAGCAGUCGCUCUGGAACGAGGAGGACGGGUUCUACUACGAUGCCAUUUCGUGGGGCGGCCCGUGGAUCCAACAGAUGCCAGUGCGGUCGCUGGUCGGGCUGAUUCCGCUCUACGCGACCCUGACGUUGGAGCCUGAGCUCAUCAACAGGCUCCCGGCUUUCAAGAAGCGGGUUGACUGGUUCAUGGCCAACCGCUGUGAUGUGGCGGAGCGGACAAUGCACAGCAUCCGCACCCGUGGCAAGGGCAACAGGAUCCUGCUGUCUCUCGUGAACAAGGAGCGGCUGGAAAAGAUCCUCCGACGCAUGCUGGACGAAGAUGAGUUCUUCAGCCCCCACGGCAUCCGCUCGCUGUCCAAGUAUCACAAAGAGCACCCGUACUCGAUGGAGGUCAACGGACAGACAUUCAAGGUGGGAUACGUUCCCGGCGAUUCGGACAGCGGACUCUUUGGCGGCAACAGCAACUGGCGAGGACCUAUUUGGCUGUGUGUCAACUUCCUCUUGGUCGAGUCGCUGCAGCGCUUCUAUCUCUUCUUCGGCCAGAACUUGAAAGUCGAGUGUCCCGUGGGGUCGGGCGACUACAUGCAUCUCGGCCAUGUUUCGGAGGAGAUUCAGCACCGCUUACAACACCUCUUCGCUCGUGACAACGAGGGGCGUCGGAGCAUCAACGGCGGCAACGAUAUCCUCGACUUUGAUCCCAACUGGAGCGAGUACCUCUGGUUCUAUGAGUUCUUCGACGGAGACACUGGCCGCGGACUCGGUGCCACGCACCAGUGUGGAUGGACAGGUCUCAUUGCUCGCAUGAUCCACGACACUGGCGUAAACUGCCGCCUCCCGCAAACCCCUCGCACUCCCCGCGCCGGCAUGUCCCACUACUUCGACGACGUCCUCCACCGGCAAGUAGGCGGCACCCAAACGCCCAAGUCGCCCGCGGUGCUGUCGCCCAACAUGCCCCGCCUCCGCCGCAGCUCGACGAACCGCUCGAUAGCCGCCCGCAGCGACUACAGCGUCAACGGCCAUGACGAUGAGGACUUUGAUGACGGCGCAGUGACUCCCGGUGCUGCGGGUCAUGCGGGUCAUGCGGGUCAUGCUAGGCGCGGAUCCGUCAACCCGGCGAUACUGAAUGAUCCCGAGCGAGUAAAAGAACGGGCCGAGGCGGACGCACAUCUGCAUUCGUAUAUCUCCCAGCAGCUGGAGCGGGUAAAGCAGGAAAGAGGCGUCGAGGGGUGGGAGGGGGCUGAUGAGAUUGAGGCACAGCCUUAGAUAUCCCCUCUUUUCAAGGGGAUACUAUCGUGCAAUGAGAUUGGGGUGGUGAAAUGUUGUUAUUCAUAGUAUUUGGUCUGAAAAAGAACUGAAACGGCGAGCGGUCAGGGAGAGGCAAUGGGUAGAGGGGAUGUGGUUGGAAACGAAAGAAGAUGCGCUUGGUGAGAGACAUAAUAGAUAGGUAUAGAGCUGAGAUUGAUAAUACAUGCAUGCAUUGGGGUCCAGA